AUGGAAGUCACUACAACGAAGGAUGAUCUACCGAUGGAGGAAAUUGAAGCCUUUUUUGCAUCACAAGAGGCUUUAAGACAAGUCGUGAAGCCAAAGGUGUCUCCUCGGAAACUCACAAAACAGUCCGGGAGGAAAAAUGUUUUGCACAGACCGUCAGGUAAAACAUCCUCCAAGGAGUCCACUGACCUGAAUUAUGUGGCAAACCAUGGGAUUAUUGAAGACAGUACAGUCGACAAGGGCAGGGGUGAGGUGUAUGAGAAAGCAUGCAUUGGCCAGGGCUUGAACCUGGGACUCCAGCUUUCAUGGUCUGGUGCUUUACCAACUAAGCUACCAAGGCGUACUUGGAAAGCAUACUGA